AUGUCGUCAUUCACACCCCCAAUCAGAACAAUAUCGUCAAAUACACUAGGGUCGAUGUCAUCUCUUACGCCGAGCGCUCCUAUUGGUGCAGCCAGCAUGGUUAUGAACGUAAAAGUGACGCAUAAGGAUUCUCUUUACUACAUAUGCACAUCGUUGAUGCGAAGGCUUAAAAAGGUCCCUGGAAUAAAGCCAUACAUGGAGCUUGCAUACACUCGGGCGGAGGAGAAUGCAGAGAAGCAGGCCUUAGCAAUUUCAACAGCCACUACUUCAAGUACACUGGAUUCAAACGAGAUAUCGAGGACUCAAAGCAGGAAAAGUGGCCGAACGGGCGUAGUGGCGGACUCAGCAAGAAGCAGAACACUGAUGAGUCUUUCAGAGCGAAGCAGGAAGAGCCAGCUUUCCAUUGCAUCAUCUACAUCAUCGAGAGAUUCGGAAUACGGACCAAUGAACCACUGGAAUUCAACGUUAUUCACAUUUGCGGCAGGUGUUCUUCCAUCGCAGAUUCCUCACGAUCCAGUCACUCCAAUCUGCAAUCUAUUUCAGCAGGGCGCACCUCUUUGCCUCAUAUUUAACGUGAUAAGGCCGGAGCACAAGAUUGACGUAGUUUCGUCCGACGAUUUGAAAGUCUGCAAGAUGAGUGUCUACCAGUUUCUCAGCGCUUGCAAGUUGCACUUGAAUAUUCGUGACGACGAGCUUUUCCCUAUAACGAGUGUGUUCUCGGAUGAUAUUCGCAAUCUUUUGGAGGUGAUCCACUCGGUGAACCUAGUUCUGGACUUAGACCCCAGAUUUGACGUUUCUCCUGUUGAAGAUCAGCUAGUUGUGUCGGAUGAGAGGUCAAAAGUUGUCAAGGAGCUCGUGGAGAGUGAGCGGAAAUACGUCUACGACUUGGAAACACUUUGCAAGUACAAAGACGAGUUGAUGAAGAAGGAGCUGAUCUCAUCAGAUGACAUUAACAUGCUUUUUCCAAACUUGAACGAGAUUGUGGAUUUCCAGCGAAGAAUUCUUGUUGGUCUCGAGUGUAAUGCAGUCGUUCCGUCGGAAUACCAGCGGCUGGGCUCCGUUUUUGUGCAUGCAGGUGUCGAGGGUUUUCAGAUCUAUGAGGCAUGGUCGCUUUUCCAGAAUUCAGCAAUCGAAUUCAUCACGAAGGAGGCAGACAGCUUAAUGCAGUCUUCAUCAGUGAUUGGAAGCCCGUACGAGCUCCAGAGUUUCCUAAUUAAACCCGUUCAACGUCUUUGCAAGUAUCCGCUUCUCCUGAAAUCGCUUCUUAAGUUAUCAAAGGAGACUUGGCCGAAUUACGGCGAGUUGCAGGAUGCAUACGAUAUUGCGUGCGAGGUGGGAAAUACAAUCAACGAGGCACAGAGGAAGUCGGAAAACAUACAGUUACUGAAACGGCUCCAGGAGCAAGUUGUGGACUGGAAAGGAUUCUCGUUGAGUGGGGUGGGGGAACUUCUAUAUGCGAAUGUGGUAAUGGUGAAAGAUUUGCUAAACGAAGGCCACUCUGGCGAGAAAGAGGUCCACUGCUACUUGUUUGAGCACGUGAUCUAUCUUUUCAAGGAGCACCGUGAGAAAAGCGGGUUUCUUGGUGGCCACCGGAAGUCGUCCGGGAGCGCUGGUACAUCCUCACACCACAAAAGCUACGGAAGCGACAAGAACAGAAAUAGCGGCGGGACGUCCUCGGCAAACCGCCGGCUUUCGCUCAACGGAGUCGUCUACAUCAACAAAAUAUACAGAGUGACGAGUUCGGACACUUCGCCGUACUUUUCUGCAGGGCAAGGCCACUAUUUGACGUUGCGAUGGCGUGGAAACCGCGAUACCGGCGGCUGCGUGUUUAAGUUCCGGUCUGAGGAGCACAUGGGCCAAUGGGAGGCCGCCAUUCUUCGUCUCUCGGGCUGUACCGGCGGUACUCCCGACUAUUCCUACGGCUCUGCACCUGCAAGUGCCCACCAGAGCACUGCCAGUAUCCCCGAAUCCUCUACUUCCUAUUUUUCUGCUGCCUCAACGGUCCGGCACCGCACUUCAAGUGCCGGUGGGAACCCCAGCAUGCCGAAUACAGCCAACGGGGGAGUGGUAAACGGUGGAGGGUACCCGUCACUGCCACCUGUCCCACUAUCCGGCUUCCCACAGCUUGUCAGCAAAAAAAAGCGGUCUGUUUCCUCGCCUGCCGCCUAUCUACCGCGGGUCAGGACUCUGUCAUCAUCGGAUUUGCCACCCGUGCCCCAGUACGACAAUCUUUCGUCGAAAUUCUCGCGAAUGAACAUUUCUCCAAGCAACCUCAAGUUCACACAGGCAUCCGUCUCCUACACCAGUACACCAGGAGGCGUGGGGACAUACACCAGUACACCGGGAAGCGCGGGGGCACACACCGGUACACCAGGAGGCCCAGUGGCUAACGGUACUGCCAUUUCUCAAAAUCCAAUGGCACCUCCAACUUCUGGAAUCUACAAAUUGCAGCAGUUUGCCCCUCAGCACCAGGAAAAUCGACGCAUGAGCCCCGCACCAAAAAGUGCUCCCCCAAACGUCUAUUCGCGUCGCCAGCGGUCGGUAUCAUCAAAUCGCUCUUUUUCACCUUUCGACAACCGGAUCCGGAUGAGACUGGUGUACGGAGGUGACGGUGAGUGCGUGCAUGUGUCGGUUAAUCCGGACACGACCUACGGUGAGCUGACGAGAAUUUUGGUCGACAAGCUCAAUUACGUAAUGGUGGCCGAUGGGGUGGCCAAGCGGUUCGAUGCAAGCCUGAUAAAGCUUAAAUUCCAAGAUGAGGAUGGGGACAUGAUCCGGUUCCAGGAUGAUGCCGAUUGGGCAAUUGCCAAGGACAUGCUUGCAGAGAUAUCCGAUGAGGAGCGCAGGAUUCUUACAUUGAAGGUUUACUAG